AUGGGUAGUUUUCCUGGUCAUGCUAUACCAGGAUCGAUUUUUAUCUUUCUUGGCUUAUGGUGGAUAUAUGCAACAUGGUUACGCUAUUUUAUUUGUCGUAUUCAACGAAAACCAUUCUAUAUUACAACAUCAUUUCCAUUUCAUUGUUGUGCAGUUGGAUUAAAACUACCAUUAGAAGCAUUUAUUGUUCUAUUCGGUACUACAGUGGGCAUUGCUGUUGAACUAGGUGCUGGUCUGCAAAGAAAUGUUGAUCAAAAUGGAAAAUCAUCUUUUAUAUUUGGUGCCAAUAAUUUACAACAUUUUGCAAUGUAUUUUAUGUUUUUUCUUGUUGGUAUUCUUGAAUUGUUAUUACAUUAUCGUUUCCCUUUACCAAAACAUAUUGAUACUGUUGUUGGUGCUAUAGCAUUUUCGGCCGAAGGCUUAUUAUUUUAUUUUCAUAUUCAUGCUCGUGAUCCGGUUGAUGUUCAACUUCACAUAUUACUUGUAUUAGCGAUUUCUGCCACUGUUAUAUCUGGUGUGUUUGAAAUUAUUCAGUCAGAACCAAAACAAGUUUAUGCAACAUUAAUGCGUGGUUAUUUCACCGUAUUACAAGGCGUAUGGUUUUAUCAAACUGCAUUCAUUCUCUAUAGUCCAUUUCAUGCACACUACGAUAUUACUACAGAUCCUGAACAACAUCGCACACUCAUGCUAAUAUCCUAUUAUUUUGUAUUACAUAUGGCUGCGAUUCUUAUUAUUGUUUUAUUAUUAGCUCUAUUGGCAAAUCGUGUAUCAAAACGUUACAUGACAAAAACUUUAGAUUAUGAACAAAUAUUAAUCGAUGAAACAACUGUUGACAAGAAUGAUAAUUAUAAUGAUGAAGGUCCUGAGUAUGAUGAGAAUAAAACAAUGACAAAUGGACACAUGAAAGAACAAAUAAAGUCUCAAAAUUCAUUAUUAUUAAACAGUUAA